AUGAACAUUCUUAAGCAUUUCCCAAGCUAUGUUGGCCCGUCUAAGAUUAGGACUUUGGUAAUACCAAUUGGCCAUUGGACGCGAAAAGAGUUUAAUGAUGCAGUACAGAAACUUUCUGAGUUCAACGAGAUUUAUUUAUCCGAUGUAACGCCCAUCGACAGUCCUAUCUUCACACCGCAAGGCUUCCCUCAUGGGAAGUUAUUUUUCGAAUUCUUAACCAUAGAUCAUGAUGAUGCAUUGGAAUUGUUUCUUUAUGAUUUUGAGCCGUUUCGGAAAACAUUUGUCAUUAUUGGGCUGGUGAAUGAUGGCAGUGACCCCUUGGCAAAUUUGAAUUUCAUGAAGGAGAAGUACCCAACUUUAAUUUCACCAAAUUUGGUGUAUGCUUCAUCUCCACCCACUAAAGAGCUUGAGCAAGUCAUAGAUACUAUGGAAAAUGUAUUCGUGUCUUCACCAGAUAUGCAGAAAAACAUAGAGACGAUUAUGUGUGACAUAGCAAGAAACUUUCUAACCGCAUUGAACAACUAUUACUCUUCGUAUAAGCAUGUUACUUUGAGGUCACCGGGUGCGAUCGGUGGGAACUCGGUACUGAAAACAACUCUAAUAAGACAAAACAACUACACACCUUCAUCAUCCACCGCAUCCAUGUCAGUAGUACAAUCCUCUGUCUCAAGUUUAUCGAAGGCAGGCUCAGUUACCACUACUUCCAAGAGAUUAUCUUCUUUUGAGAUGACCACCAAUAGUUUAAAAAGAUCUGCUUCUUUAAAGCUAGCUACCACGCUUUCCACAUCUGAGAAUAGGGCUCAACAAAAGUCACUGGGCAGACAAUUAAAAAUUUUGGGGAAUUUCCAAUUGCUGGCAGGAAGGUACGUUGAUGCGCUGAACAGUUUUGUUGAUGCCAUUACAAUUUUAUACAAGGUGCGUGACUACUUGUGGUUGGGUUCUGCUCUUGACGGUAUUUCCAUCUGCUUUUUACUUCUAUCUUACCUCGGUUUGUCAUACCAGAUUCCACAAAUCGUGAGUCUCAUUUGCCCUGUGGAAAAACUCAAUAUUGAAGCUAGUUCAACCGGCCUUUCACCCGUAGAUUCCAAUAAUAAAGCCACAGCGAGUACGACAACAUCAAGUACGCCUAGGAACAGCAUAUCUAUAGCCGCUAUGCAGUCUCCUAGAAAUUCCAUUAUGUCUUUGUCUGCUCCGGCAUUAAAUAUCGAUGUUGAGAAUAUCAAUCUCCCGUUAUUGAUUAAAUGCAUAUCUGACAAAGUCUUGUACUACUACGAUUUGAGUUUAAUGCACAAUAGUGAAUAUGCUCCGCAAGUAGUUUAUUGUGAAUCUUUACUGAAGACUUUAACUUUUAUGACCUCGUGCUAUAAAAGUUCAGAGUUUUCAAAGGAUGUUUUAGACACUAUUGUGAAAAACCAACAUAGGCCCUUAUCAGCUAUUCCUAGUAGUCCCAUAUUUCCAAGAUUUGAAAUUUACUUCUACAGCAAUAAAUUAUUUGAGUUACAAUUGAAGGAAAUGCAAGUUGAGGCGCAAGUAAAAAUCUACUCUACAAUGGCAGAGGUUUAUAGCCUUUUGGGAUACAAAAGAAAGCAAUUAUUUGUGUUGAGGUUAUUGAUGGUGGCCCUUUUGGCAACUCCAAAUAAGAUAGCAUGGCAUCCUGACUACAGAACUAUAAUUAAUACCAUCAUGGAACUGCUUGAUAUCAACGAAAGAGGGGCUAAAAUUAACGUAGAUGACCCAUCUCAAUCUAGUUGGUCUAUUCUACAGAAAAAGAUUCUACAACUCUGCAUUAAAGUCUCAAGAAAAAUCAAUGACUUCGAAUACGUCGCUAAGUUCAGCUCCAUAUUAAUUACGAAAUAUACGCACCUGUUAAAUCAACCAGAACAAGAUACCUUACUCAGAGAAUAUAUUCAGCCCUCAAUCACCAACGAGUCUAUCACACGUUAUUGGGAUCCUUUCCUUCUGCGGGAAAUUGUUAUAAAUAGAAUAUUGGAUGGUGACCCUACCUCAAAUGAAAUCCCAUUAGAAUCGGAUAUAAGCAGCCUUGAAACUCCAAAAAGUAAGCAAAAGUCACAGGAUAUUAAUCCGCAGGAAGUUUUUAAUCCUUUCAAACGAGUUCAACCAACUUCAUUUAUUUCAAACAACAAUACCAAGCUUCCUACUUUAGUGUUUUUAGUUGGUGAUAGGGCGGAAUUCACUUGCAGAGUACAGAAUCCUUUCAAAUUUGACUUUACAAUCAAUGACAUCCAAUUAGAUGAGGAAAUAUCCGAAUUUUGUGAGAUCGACAGAAAGGCUGUAAGAUAUUCAGGACCAUAUAAUGUUAAGGCUGAGUCUAUAAGAUCUAUUACGCUGCCUUUAAUUAUUAAAAGACCAACAUACAAAAAAACCUACCAAAUUUCGUCCCUAAAAAUCUCCGUCUUAAAACUACCGCCUCAGAAAUUUGAUAUUAUAAAAGAUUCUAGAAAGUCGAAUCUUGUUGAAAAAGAGGCUGAAUACAACAAAUGCAUAUACGGAAAAUUAAGAAUUAAAAUUUUGCCUGAACAACCACAAUUAGAGUUAUUGAGUACUUCCAAGAUGACAAGAAACUCAUGGAUGAUGUUAGAUGGUACCAAAACAGAUUUUCAUAUAACGGUGAGAAAUAAAUCGCUGAGUUGUACAAUAGAUCAUGUGAAGAUCAUAUCAAUGAACAAUAUUGAGCAAAUGUUAAAACCUGACUAUUGGAAAAAAAUGCCGCCAGAUGAUUUGUACAUCAUGGAAAAACAACUAGAUUGGCUUUCUAAGUCUUGCGUACGUAUUGUUAAAGUGCCAACGGUAAUCAAACCGAAUGAAACCAUCACGUUUGACUUGGAAUUAGAUAACACUGCUGUUCCAUUUAACUUUACCGGAUUUGAUUUAUUGAUUGAAUAUGGUAUGAGCGCUGCUGAGGAAUCCUGCAUUUAUUUGAAAAAGUUAUCAAUACCCUAUGAAGUGACAUUAAGAAGAACUAUUGAGGUACCAAGUAUGGACAUCAUUCCGCUAAAUGAACUCUUCAGCUCACAAGUUGAAAAUGUUGAUUGGAUUGAGUACGUAAUGGACAAAAUACGUGCGGACACUAACCUUCACCCUAGCGAUUUUAUACUGUUAUUAUUGGACUUUAGGAAUUCUUGGAUUGAUGGAAUAAAGUUAAAUGUUCAAUUUGAAGAUUUCAACAGUAAUGAGUAUCAUGUAGAAGCAAGCCAUACCUCGAGAAUUAUUGUUCCUAUUAGAAAAAUCGAUUACAAAAGAUACAAUUUUGAGAAUACGCCUAUACCAAGAAUUUAUCCCGGCCGGCAAUUUAUUCAAAGUGGUUUGAACGAGGAACAGACCAUAGAAAUGAGACAAAAAUUUUGGUGUCGCGAACAUAUUAUUUCAAGGCUUAAAUGUAAUUGGAAAUUAACCACAGACCAAUCUGUGACAGGUUCGGUAGAUUUCAAUAAGUUCAUAGAGAAGUUUGAUCACAAGAUGGUCUACACGAUAUACCCUGGGAGAUUAUUUUAUGGAGUGCAGCUAUUGCUUGAUGAACCAAAAGUCAAAGUAGGAGAAAGAACGAACUUGAAAAUAUUGGCGGAGCCAACCAGCUCAUGUAGAAGAAAACAAAAUUCAACUAUAAACUUCUUAGAUAUUGUGAUCCUCGAUAGCAAGACAUCAAAACUGUUACCAAGAUCGAACAGACGAAUUUUGUAUAAUGGUUCAUUAACUAAACCAAUUAGUACAGCCAAGACUUCAGAAAUUAACUUGGAAAUUAUUCCAAUUGAAAGAGGCCGGUACGAAUUUAGCGUUUGCAUUUCCAAAUCAAAUAACCAAGAUGGAAUUAUCCAAUUCGAUUCCGAAAGCGUUAAUUUGUCUGUUAUUUAG